ACUCACGGCCUGGCAGUUGCCUAGUAACGCCCGCUGGAGGAGUCCCAGCGUAAUAAGGUCCCCGAGAAGUGUCACUGGUCUAGAGUGGGACCCCGAACGUGGCCAGUGCUCUCCGCGCUAGCGGCCCCCGCUACUUGGCGGGGUAGGACAGGGGAAAUGUUGCAGGAGGAGUCGGAUCUGUCUCUCAUUAUUGCCCAGAUAGUCCAAAAGCUCAAAGGCUCCAAUUUGUACGCUCAGUUGGAACGGCAGGCCUGGGCCAGUCUUCAGAGACCUGAGAUUAAACUUGAAUCACUAAAAGAAGAUAUUAAGGAAUUCUUUAAAAUAUCAGGUUGGGAGAAAAAACUUCAGAAUGCUGUGUAUAGUGAACUGAGUGUGUUUCCUUUACCUAGUCAUCCUGCUGCACCUCCUGAACAUCUUAAAGAACCUUUGGUAUACAUGCGGAAAGCACAGGGAAGUUGGGAAAAAAGAAUUUUGAAGAGUUUAAAUAGUAUGUGCACUGAACUAAGUAUACCAUUGGCACGAAAGGAAGAUGAUGCUCCUGACUCACAGUCACACUCUCUUGGCCAGCCCCCUUGUGAUGCAUUUCUGAGAUUGCUGGAUGGGAGGCCAGUUGGAGAACAGAAAGAACUUCUCAAUAAAUGGAAUGAAAUGGGAACUGAUGAACCAGAUUUAAGCCUUUUCAGACCUGUUUAUGCACCUAAGGAUUUUCUUGAGGUAUUAAUUAAUCUUCGCAACCCAAAUUAUGAAAGUGGUGAUUCUCUUAGUUUCAGGACUCAUUUGGGUUUAAUCCAAGUUCCUCUCAAAGUAAAAGACAUCCCUGAAUUGAAAGAAUUCUUUGUAGAACUUGGCUUAACUACAGGACAGCUGGGUAUAGAUGACUCUACACAAGUGCCUCCUGAGCUUUUUGAAAAUGAGCAUGUACGUAUUGGGCAAAAAGUUCUAACAGAACAAGAUAGUGCUGCUGCUCAACAGUAUAUCAGACAAGGAAGUCCCACAGCCCUGAGAGCUGAACUAUGGGCUCUCAUUUUGAAUAUCUCCAGUCACCCUGAGGAUAUUUUAUAUUAUGAGCAGCUUAAGACAAAUGUGAUACAACAUGACCUUUUGGUGGACAGUCUAAUUUAUAAAGAUGUGAAAUUGACAGCAAGCAAUGAUGAUUAUUAUUUUGUAUUUGAAGAUUAUUUAUAUCAGGUGUUACUUUGUUUUUCCAGAGAUACAUCUGUAUUGAGUCAUUUUGCAUACAACAGUGCUUCACCACCGAAAUCAUACAUAAGAGGAAAACUAGGACUAGAAGAAUAUGCUGUCUUUUAUCCACCAAAUGGUGUAAUCCCUUUUCAUGGCUUUUCAAUGUAUGUUGCACCACUUUGUUUUCUAUACCAUGAACCUUCCAAACUGUAUCAGAUAUUCCGUGAGAUGUAUGUGCGUUUUUUCUUCAGGCUUCAUUCCAUCUCUUCUCAUCCUUCUGGUAUUGUGUCACUCUGUCUGCUGUUUGAAACUCUUCUGCAAACUUAUCUCCCCCAACUCUUUUAUCAUCUUCGAGAAAUUGGGGCUCAACCACUUCGCAUAUCAUUUAAAUGGAUGGUUCGAGCUUUCUCUGGAUACUUAGCUACAGAUCAACUCUUGCUUUUGUGGGACAGAAUCCUAGGAUACAACUCUCUGGAAAUUCUUGCUGUCCUGGCAGCUGCUGUGUUUGCUUUCCGAGCAGUGAACCUGAUGGAGGUGACAUCACUGGCUGCAGCUGAAGCAGUUCUUGCUGACCUUUCUACUUUAAAAGUUAUGCCUCUUCUUCAGAUUUUUCUGUUUGCUACUGUCACCUGAUCUUCUGCAAGGUCUCUCCUGGAGAAGGUCAGAUACAAUUGUUUGCACCUGACAGUGUUUUAGUCAUCACUUUCUGAAAAAAGAAAAUUAUGGAAUGAUCCCUUCAAAUUUCUCGGCUUUCCAUCUCUUGGUUAGAAGACUUGACACUGCUGAGGUGUGUUGCCAAAUUCUCUUACUUUGGAAGUAUCCAAAGGGGACACCCAAGAACUCAACGAAGGGAAUGAAAAAUCAAAACCAUGUGCGCUUUGGCUGAAGCUUGGUUUAACAAGAUUUACUUCUAGGGCAGAGCAGCUUAGAGAGACCAGAAGUAGAGACUGAAGACCUUGUGCACGGCAUCAAUCUUAUUUUGGUCCUAUUAUAAGUGGAGCGUCUUAUUUUAUAUUACUUCUUAAAAACCUAGCAUUUCUGUAAUAUGGAAUGAUAGAUUGUGGGGGGAAGAAGUCCAAAAAUCAAUGUCUUUCAAUUUUAUACUCAAAUUCAAAAUUCUAAUCAUUUCAAUAAAAUUCUGAAUCAAUA